GCGCUGCUGGCGCUCGGGAGAAAAUGCCGCGCGCCUAAAAUGCUGCCUCACAGGGGGCGCCGUUGUAGUUAACCUCACACCGCGAAGCCGCGAGAGCAGCAUUUUCCGCACUCAUCUUUUUCCACAAUGAAUGGCUUAAAAGCAGGACAAUCCAGAAAGCGGAAGGCCAGUGAAAGUCUGGAGAAACCAUCCGACGGGAGUAUUAAUCAUGCGUUGGAAAUGCUGCAGUGGAUUCUCUCUCCAGUGACCAUAGAAGACUUCCUCGGGAUGUACUGGGAGAAGAAGGCAUUGGUGGUGAAUAGGAAAAAUCCUCUGUACUUCAAGAAACUAGUCUCCCUGAAAGCUAUCGAUGAAGUCCUGAGAAAAGAUGCAGUUCUGUUUACGGAAAAUGUCGACAUCACUUCUUACACGCAUGGCGAGAGGAAAACUUUGAAUGGCACAGGAAGAGCCACUGCAACCAGUGUCUGGGAGUCCUAUAAGGAGGGCUGCAGUGUCCGCUUCCUCAAUCCGCAGAUAUUCUUCAAGGAGAUCCACACGCUGGACGCCACUUUGCAGGAGUAUUUUGAGUGCAUGGUGGGCAGUAAUAUGUACUUAACACCGGCGAAUAGCCAGGGAUUCGCGCCUCACUAUGAUGACAUCGAGGCAUUUAUAUUGCAAGUAGAGGGGAAGAAGCGUUGGAGACUUUAUGAGCCUAGGAAUCCGGAGGAAUACCUUCCGAGGGUCUCUUCGAGGAACUUUACUCAGGAGGAAGCGGGAGAACCCUUCAUGGACGUUGUCCUGGAGCCCGGAGAUUUGCUUUACUUCCCUCGGGGGACUAUUCAUCAGGCCCACACUGUGGAGGAUCAUCAUUCACUGCAUCUCACAAUCAGUACGUAUCAAAAGUACAGCUGGGCUGACUUCCUGGAGCGCGUUGUGCCGGCCGCGCUGUCGAUUGCCAUUGAGAGUGAUCCGGAAUUUCGACGCGGAUUGCCUCUGGGUCUCGCCUCGUACGCUGGCGUGAGUCACUCAGAUCAGAAGUGCAAGAAGCGAGAGGAAUUUCUACAGAAGAGCCAAGAAUUCUUCGGGAAACUCUUCAAAUAUGCUCCCCUCGAUGACGCCGUGGAUCAGAUGCAGAAGCAAUUCCAGCACGAUGCCCUGCCGCCUGUCCUCACGGCCUCUGAGAAGAUGAAGACCGUGUCGUCGUUUCCCCACCAGUUCAGGGAGAAUGGAGAUGUGAUGUCGACCGUGAAGCGCUUCAGUGCAGACACUCGCUUUAGACUGCUGCGCAAGAACAUCUUCAGGAUCGUGAUGGAGGAAGAGACUGUCCGGCUGUACUAUCACGUGAACAACUCCAAGAUCUACCACGAGUAUGAAUCCGUGUUCCUGGAGGUGGAUUCUGAGCUGGCGCCAGUCGCCGAGAAGCUCCUUCACGCCUAUCCGCAAUUCUUAUCAGCCACCGAGAUGAAUAUUCCCGAAGUGUCCAGGAAAGAUUGCCUCAGCAUGCUGACCAGUCUCUGGGAGCACGAGCUACUGAUGCUGGAGAAGCCAUUGUGAAGAUUAAAAGCAUAUUUUUGA